AUGGAUGUUCGUAUCUUACAAUCCUAUCAUCUUCCACGGCCGAUUGGUAAACCAAUCGCCAAAUGUGUUGCGGUACAAGACUGGUUGGCCAUUAAAGUGCUUCCACAACGAAUUCACGUAUUUUUCAAGGAAACGUUAAGAGAAAUUUGGCGUUUUCCAGCUGAUCCGAUUGAAAUAUCACAGGAUGGAUUGUAUAAGUCUUCAGAGGCAACUAGUAGUUUAGCUGUUUCCUUUCUUGUUUUAACUGCAGACGGCUCCAUUUGGCGUAUACCAUUAGCUCAACGACAAAAAAGAAAUAUUGAUGUCGAUAGUCAAGAUCCAUCACCAUUACGCCAGAUUAGAAAAAUUAGUGAUGCAAAUAAUAAAUCACUACCACAAGUUGCAACAUUCGAAUCAACGCGCAAUAUUUCGGCAUCGACGGUUGCUGAAUACAAUUCAGUUUUUCCACCACCCACAUUGAUCACUGUUACGGACGUUCAUAAAAUCUUGCAGCAGUCUCACAUUUGUGCAUUGCGACCGCACAACCUUUUUAAUCGCAAUGGUAUGCUAAUGAUAUCUGAAGAUGGUGAAAUUGGAUUUCUUUCAUUGGUGAAUCGAAUUCCUUCAAACCAAGUCUUAUUUCGCCAUGAUGCACAAAGUGCUGAAGGCGAUCUUUCAGGUCCCAAGAUUACAUGUCAUUUAAUAAAUAUCCUUUAUAAGAAUGUCCCUUAUGAGAAUUCAGCGAACACAAAUUCUUCGAAUUUCGUAACGCAAAUCUCUGAUGAUUUGGCGAUGGUGGCUUUUAAUAGUUCGCAAAAGUUUCAGGAGGAAAUAUUAUUGACAGGAUAUUCGAACGGUCUUGUUUUGUUUCAACCUUUAAUUCUUGAUGCACCACCUCCUUGUGCAAUUACCGCGUUAAAUGAAUCCAUUCAAGCUAUAUAUACACUUUCAAUAAAACGGGUAGUCACCGAUGAAUCGGAGUUAUUUCUUUUAAGGCCACUUAUUGAAAAAAAAGUUGACAAUGCAUUUCUUUUUGUUGGUUCUGAAGGCACUAUUGCUUUAAUGUGUAUGGCACCCAAGAAAAAUGAUGAUUCUAAUGUGAAAUCUAUCGCUUAUAAAGAAUAUCAUGUUCCUGCACCAGUGCAUUCAUCUUUUGCAUUUAGGAACCGUUUAAUAGUAGCAGUUGAAGAUGGAAAUAUUGUUGUCAUAAACUUUGACAGAGACAUGUUCUCAGAAGGAAAACUCGUUUCACUACAUACAAUCCCUAUAUACUUUCCUAAAGGAAUUGUUACAUUGUCUUAUCAUUGCAUUGUUGGUCAAGAUUCCAGUGAUGGAAUCUUGUAUGCAUUAUCUAAUGAUGGUCGAUUGAUUCGUUCGAGUUUUAAAACUACAAGUGAAGACAAACCAACAUUUAUGAUGAGCAACGAAGAGUUAAAAGAAAAAAUCAAAAAUCAGCUCAGCAAUAUUGCAGAGUUAACUGCUAAACAAACGACUUUGGAAAAAACAAAUCAGUUGUUGAAUUCAGCAAUCGCUGCGCGAAAUCUGGUGAUUCCUGAACUUCAGCGUCUUUAUAAAAAACGUGAUAAAGCAACAGAUAACAAUCCUCCUUUGAAAGUUGAAUGCUAUCCAGCUGCUAUGUCAACUUCGCUCAAUGGUAGUGGCAAAUUUUCAACAGUCACCACAAUUAAUAUUGAAAUUAUUAUUUCCUUAAUUAUUUACGAUUCAGUCAUGAUUAAUAUGAUGAAUCACUGUGAUUAUUCAAAACAAACGGACUCGUCAUUGGUUAUGUCUUAUUCUGUUUCCUUAGUAGAUAUGAUAACGGUUUGGGAACGAGAUAUCGAAAUAAAUUUACGAUUUCUUCAUUAUCCCGUAUUGAUAAAGCUUGGUUUAUGUUUUUCACCUCCAACACCUGUUGACCCUACAAACACAGAACAUAAAAAAUGUAAGAUAUAUCAUGUUAUCAAUAUUCAAUAUGAUAUUUUAGAUUUUAUAAAACCAUGCCCUGAAAAUAUUCUUCAACGGAUGCAGCAGGAACGACAUUUUGCUAUUUAUCCUUCGAUACCUAAUUUUAUUGCACCUUUAGAAGGUGAUUUUUUUGCAACCAAAUUUGACUUUAAAAAGACUUUAGAAGCUUUGAUCAAUGUAUCUGGUAGUGAUAAAGAAAGAGAG